AUUUUAAGCGAGGAGUACAGCUUGUUUUGAUGGGAUUUAAUUUUUGGCAUUAGUGUUAAGUUGUAAAAUUUUUGGACAAACACUGAAAAAAAGCAUCAGAGCCGUUUGCCUCUGUGCCUGAUUUCACAGUUUCAGAGUUGAACACCUCCCAGAACUCUGCAAGAUGCAUAAACUUUAUACAUCAGUGAGCCCGACCGAUGAUAUCACUGUGAAGACUGAAAAUGGACCUCAACCGAAGAAAUACCGCUACGUCCGCAAAGAGGGCAGCUGUAAUGUGGUGUUUCGACAUGUGCCCGAGGAGUGGAUGCUGUUUGUGACCGACAUCUUCACCACCUUGGUGGAGAUCAGAUGGAGGGUGAUGUUCCUCAUCUUUGCCCUUUCUUACAUCCUGUCUUGGCUUUUCUUUGGCAUCCUAUUCUGGGUCAUCGCUCUUGCUCACGGUGACACCAAACACGCCACAGAUGAACCAUGUAUGUACGAGGUGCACAGCUUCACAGCUGCUUUCCUCUUCUCGCUUGAAACUCAAACGACUAUCGGAUACGGCUUCAGAGGAAUGUCCGAGAACUGCAUGAUUGCCAUUAUCAUCGUUACCAUACAAGACGUCAUCAGCUGCUUCAUCGACACGUUUGUCAUCGGGAUUGUUGUCGCCAAAAUGGCCUCGGCAAGAAAGAGGGCACAGACGGUGGGAUUCAGCAACAGUGCCGUUAUCAAUCUUCGUGAUGGUUACUUGUGUCUCUCCUGGAGAGUCGGUGACUUCCGCAGGAACCACCUGGUGGAGGGGACGGCUUGCGCUCAGAUAGUCCACACCACAGUGCAUGCAACUGGGAAACGGGACGUGACAUACGAAAAUCUGGUCAUCCAGCAGAAGGACAUCAUCCUGGUCACACCGACCACCAUCUUCCACAGGAUCGAACCCAGCAGCCCGCUGUACAAAAUGAGUCUGGUAGAUCUUCGGAAAGCCGACUUUGAGCUGGUGGUGUCUUUCACCUACACAGACGACUCCACAGGUAUGCUGCAUCAGACCCGAACCUCGUACACUUCGGCUGAAAUCCUCUGGGGUCAUCUGUUCCAGGAGAUGAUCCGGGUCAGCAGGAGGCACUACAGGGUGGAUUACACCUUGUUCAAUCACACCGCUAAAGUGCUGGUCCCCGAGGUCAGCGCUGAGGAGUACGAGCACAAGAAGCAGUUGCGACCAUCUCCCAGGCAUUCCCCUCGACAUUCACCUCGAUCCUCCCCUCGACAUUCACCUCGAUCCUCCCCGCGCCCCUCUCCGAAGUUACAGCAGCAAAAUCACCAAGAAAAACUACUGAAACCACCAACGGUGACUGUGGAACUUGUGAACGACAGUCGCCCUGAACCAAAGGUUUCAACAUCUAAAGCAGAAAAUCAACAUGUCGACAUGUUGACUCUGCCGAAUGAUCUCACAAACACAGAAAUAUGAAAACAAAGCCAUGAAGCGGCCAUUCAUUCCAGACACUUCUUCAAAAAAGCUGAUGCUAAAGAGGAAUAUUGAGGAAUCUACUGGCCCUGAUUUACUGUAACAAUAUUGAGAAUUCUGGCUUCUGUUUUUUAGCAUGUCUUUUUUUGGGGGGGGGGGGGCAAACACUCCAAAAUCUGUCUUUUGAGUAUCAAAGUCUGAGCCCUUGUAGGUUUGAAGGAUAUUCAUUUAAAUGAAGCUGCUCCGCAUGCGAAAAUGUGCACAUCUCUCUUAAUGCAGAGUCAGACAGCAGCUCUGCUCUGCUCUCUGCUACGUUCACAUUUCAGACGGUGUCACGAAUACUUUCCUCAUUAAUGAUGUAAAAAGUGAAAAAUGUGAAAAAGUAACUUAAUUUGAGCUUGGAAUCAAGGUUUUCAAUGUUUGGUUUGAAUAGCAAGUGCUGAUCAAUAGAAAUAUAUGUAUUUACUGACAUAAGCAAUAUAUUAAGCAUACUAAUGGAGAGUGGAGACAUGUAACUAAGCUGCACGGGUGAUUAUAAUAAGUUUAUACGGAUGUUUUGACAUUUUUAAAAGUGGUCACUAUUGGCAUUCAAGAUAAAACCACAAACUUUAUACAGCCACCUUUACAGGGAGUCAGAAUUUGAUACACAAAAUACAAAUACUUAACCAAUAAUGUACAAAGACUCACUAUUUGAAAUAGAUACAUAUAAAUUAAUGGUGUUUUUACAGGGUUAUUGUAAUGUUCGUAUUAUUGUAGACUUGAGGGCAAACAAUGAAAGAAAAUGUAUAUUUUAGUGGGUGUAAAAUGUGAUUUUAUACUUUUUAUGGACCUUGUGUCAGAUUGUUUCAUCGACUGCUGUUCGUGAGGUUAACUCUAAAUCUUAAUUUUUGAGACAACAUGGAUGAGAGGUGAGCUGCUGAGGAAGAUCAUGCAGAACACACAGAAAGCUCUGGGAAAGAUUCAAAGUGGACUGAGAUUUUGUCAGCUGAUUAGAUUUGUUUUUGUAAUAACUUUAGAGAGAGGACCAAAACUUUAGUUACACAUUAAAAAACAAGGUCUCUACAUUUUAUGCUUCAUGACUUCAGUCACUGUGGGCUGUAAAUAAACAGAGGUCAUUGGGGCAAAUACAGUAAUGUCCCUUAUUAUGAGUAAAGUCAGCAGAGUUUAUAUGAAAAACAUGGAAAACUGGUGGUGGAAUCACAUUUGUUAUGUCAUUACCAGGAAGUCAACCAGUUCACUAAACCUUCUCACAAAAACUUGUGAACUUAUUUGUGAUGAAUCCUGUUUAAUGUCUUAGAUUUUUGUAAAUACAAAUAUUGUAUUGCCUUGAAUUUGUUACAAAACAACAACAGAGGAAUUUGAGGAUUUGUUGUCACAAUGUCAUUUAAAUGUUGUUAUUUUGCAACAUAAAGCAGAUUUUAUGAAUAUUAA